CGCGCCGAUUCGAACGCCAGGUGAGGUGAGGCAGCUGCGCGCGUCUCGCGCUGCGGAAAGUACGGAGCAGUAACGUUUAAAUAAGCGGGAAACACGACGCCCGCCGUAAGCAGCAUGGCGAGAAACGGGUUGUCUUCCAGAAUCCUGCAGUUUAUAGACCCGGGCGAGCGGCAGAGAGCGGGCGUGCAGAGCCCCUUCCAGCGCCUGGCUCUUCAGAUGCGGGACGUGUCCGGGGACGGAGGGGUCCUCAAGGAGCUCGUGCACGGCGGGGACGGCGGCGGCCGGCUGUGCCCGCGCAACGCGACAGUCCACAUCCAGUACUCUGGCUAUCUGGAGUAUUCCGACAGACCGUUCGAGAGCACUGCCCACUUCAAGCAUCCGCAGAUGAUGAAGCUGGGAACAGACGUCACCCUGCCUGGACUGGAAGUGGGUCUCCUGACGAUGAAGAGUGGCGAGUUCUCGCGCUUCCUCUUCCUGCCGAAAUAUGCGUAUGGGGAUAUGGGCUGCCCGCCUCUGAUCCCUCCCUCAGCCACCCUGCUCUACGAAGUGCACCUCCUUGACUUCCUGGACUCUGCCGAAGUUGACGCUUUCUUUGCUCUCUCUCCGGAGCAGCAGAACAGUGCUCCUCUGUCUGCCGUGCUCAGUGUGGUCAACACAGAGCGGUGCUUCGGAAACCACUGUUUCAACCAGAAGCGCUACGAGGACGCCAAGGACCGCUACAAGAAGGCAGUAACACUGCUGAGGAACCGGGAGCCUGUGGAUGAGGAGGAGCGGCACAGUAUUGCAGCGACAAAACUGCCCGUCCUACUGAACCUGUCUCUUACUCUGCUACGUCUGGGCAGGCCUCAAAAGGCCCUACAGUAUGGCCAGAAAGCACUGGAAAUUGACCCCGAGAACACCAAGGCCCUCUUCCGCUGUGCUCAGGCCUGUCUGGAAAUGACUUAUUAUGAGAAGGCACAAGAUUACCUUGUGAUGGCUCAGGCCAAAAGGCCCUUUGACAGCGAUAUCAACAACUUGCUGAAGAAAUUGGCAGUCUCCUACAAGGAUUCUGUAGACAAGGAGAAGGAAAUGUGCUCCAAGAUGUUUGCUUGUUUUAGUACAACGUCAAAAAAUUGAAGGCCAGAAUGUGUGCAGAGCACCCAGCCGUCACCUCAGCGCAGACAGGGAAGGAACUCCUGCUUGGAGCAAAAACCAGACUUGUAUGCUUCUCCGUAUUUUUCCACAAUGUAAGUCUAUGUAUGAAUAUGACCAAGGAAGAAGUGAGUGCUUGUGAAAGAGUAGCAAGCCCCAUCAUAAUCAGUUUUACUCCAUUCAUGCACUUGAAGGGUUAAGAGUUCUGUUGCAGUGCUUAUGCAUUCCCUACCCUGAACCUGUUUGUUUCCAUAGUUUGUGCACUGUUCAUAGAGUUAUUGUUGAGAUGAAUCAAGUUGUUCAAUUCAGGGUAUAAGUUAUGUUUUCUGGCAUUGUUCAAAUGCGAACUCCUUAAAAGAGCAUAUUGUUUCUAAUGUUCUGAGAAGUAAAGUAAGUUUGGCAAGGAAUCCUCCACAUGCAGUGUGUGCACUUAUUUAGCCUUCACAGCACUGAUGUCCAGUUAGCUGUUUGGCCAGAAGUGCACAAUAAUCAUAGUGUGAAUAUCUGACACGUUUCUGAUCGCAGUGCCCCGUUUUCUCAAGAUAACCACUGAACUGAGCUAUUAGUACACAGAAUAUUAGCAUGUGCAGUACAGCAAGAGGUGGUGAAAAUAUGUGCUUUAAGACUUUGACAUCUUUCUGCAUGUAUAAAUGCUUUUGUAUGACUUUUUUUUUUUUGCCAUGUUUAGUGUUCAUUUCCUCUGUCACCGCUCUCCCAGAUGUUCGAUAUUAUAAAUAGUGUAACUAAUCAC